AUGGCUCUUGCAGCAAUUCAAGCAUUAUAUGAUGAUGAUGAUGAUAAGGAUAAUGACAAUGACAAUGAGAAAACUGAAGAAGAAAUAGAGGAUCGAAUGGCUGUUAUUAAUGAUCCAACAUUUUCUGUUAUGUCUAAAAUUAAACUUAAUUUAACACCAGCUAUUGCUAUUCAGCCAGAAGAUACAAGUAGUUUUCUCGAUAUUAGAGCAAGAGAAGUUCAAUACAAUCCUAAAUAUGAAGAUAUGUAUGCACCAGUGUUUGGUCCAACAAAUCCUAAUUUAACACAACAACAAAAAAGUCAUAAAAAUUUAAUUAAUGGUCAUGCUGAAUCAACAAAUUUAAGUGAUUUUCAAUUUGAAAAUCAACGUCGAACAUUUGAUAGUUUUGGUUAUGCAGCUGAUCCUAGUGUUGGAGAACAUACUACUCUACAAAUAAUUGGUGAUCAAAUUAGUGCUGAACAAAAUCAAGGCAAAACUAUUUUUGAAACAAAUCGAAAAUAUUCAAAUGAAAAACGUAAAAUAGAAAAAAAUUAUGAUUCAAGUGAUGUUGAACAUUUUCAAGGUCCAUGGGCUCCAUUUGCCGAUGAAAUUACUAUAUCUCGUCCAACUGAAGAAGAUCAAAAGGAAAUUGAUGAAUUUUUAGCUAAAAGAAAGAAAAUAAAACGACGCAAUUUAGAAGAUCAACAUGCUCCAGCAUCUGCUCGUGAUCCCGAAUCGACAACAUUGCGUAAAGAACCUGAAGAUCCAUCAUCAACAACAUUACAUAUUAAAGAUCCAUAUGAUUAUCAAGGUCGAUCAUUUCUUCAUAUACCACAAGAUGUUGGUGUUAAUCUUCGUUCUGAACAUGGACCACAACGAUGUUUUAUUCCAAAACAAUGCAUACAUAUAUACAAAGGACAUACAAAAGCUGUACAAAAAAUUCAUUAUUUUCCUGUUUCUGCUCAUCUGUUUCUUACUUGUUCAAUGGAUUGCAAAGUCAAAUUAUGGGAAUUUUAUAAUGAACGUCGUUGUAUUCGAACUUAUGCUGGACAUAGUCAAGCUGUACGAGAUGUUAGUUUUAAUAAUGCUGGUACAGAAUUUUUGUCAGCAUCAUAUGAUAAAAGUGUUAAAUUAUGGGAUACAGAAACUGGUCAAGUAAAAAGUAAAUUUCCAAUGCGUAAAAUCCCUUAUUGUAUAUCAUUUAAUCCAAGUGAACAUAAACAACAUUUAUUUAUAUGUGGUAUGUCCGAUAAGAAAAUUCUUUGUUUUGAUAUACGAAGUGGUCAUGUUGUACAAGAAUAUGAUCGACAUUUGGGUGCUAUUAAUACAGUUACAUUUGUUGAUCGAAAUCGUCGAAUUGUUUCAACAUCAGAUGAUAAGAGUAUUCGUGUAUGGGAAUGGAAUAUUCCUGUCGAUUUUAAAUAUAUUGCUGAUCCAACAAUGCAUUCAAUGCCAGCCGUUGCUCAAUCACGGAAUGCAUUUCAAUCAAUGGAUAAUCAAAUUCGAAUCAUGGAACCAUUGGCCAAUUUUCGAUGGAAGAGCAAAAAAAUGUUCAAAGGUCAUAUGGUAUCUGGUUAUGCAUGUGGUUUGGAUUUUUCACCGGACAUGUCUUAUUUGAUCAGUGGUGAUGCAGAUGGACGUUUAAUUAUUUGGGAUUGGAAAACAACACGUAUCUUCGAAACAAUUAAAGCUCAUGAUGAUGUAUGCAUUGAUGCUAAAUGGCAUUGGCAUGAAAAAUCAAGAGUUCUUACAGCUGGAUGGGAUAAUGUCGUCAAAUUAUGGGAUUAA